AUGACCAAGUCUCUACAUCAUCCAAGCAGCGGAAUGUACUCUUCUCCAUACUUAUCCUCAACUUUACUGUUAUUCAUUCUUCUCAUCACCACUCCGAGCUUGUCCCACAUACGGGUUGGACUUUUUGUACUGGGUCAGGAUCCUUCCAUCAUCAUAACUCUCCCUUAUUGCUCCGUUUUUUCCGUCUCUCCUAACAAUGUAGUCAUUCCGAGUGGCUCCUCGCUCACCCUUACUGUUUCUCAUGCCAAUGAUUUGUACAUGCCCACUCUCUCCGCGACGAGCUCAAUUUCACAAUUGGAUGCCACCUCCUUUGCUUCUUCUGCUAAAAAUUGUUUCUACCUUGUGAAUACAGCGAGUCAAUAUGAUGCACUAAGCGCAUCGGAUGUGAGGGCAACGAGCAGUAAAAUCAUGUCAGUCGUGUUUAAUACAGUAGGAACGAACAAACAAUAUAGUCUUCGAAUUGGUACUUGCUUUGCAUAUACACGACGAGUCAUGGAUAGUGUGAUUGAGUUUAUUCCACUUCCAGUUACUGUGAUUCAUGGAUAUUCAACAGGAACGAAAGUGGCCCUCACCUAUUCUCCAAGUAUUUCAGCUGACACCCUUUUUGCAUCGACAUGCAUGGCCAAUAUUCCAAACAAAGUGUUAAGCUAUCAAUCAAUGAUUGGUUCUGUAAUUACUCCAUCCAAUAUUGUGAAUGAUCCAACAAUAGAUAUGACUUUGGGAACUCAUGGCAAGCUAAUCCUGGGAGGAACGUGGAAUGCAGAAAAUUUGGAUGUCCUUCUAAAUGAUGUCAUCUAUCAUGGAUACAAUUACAAAUUCUUAAAAGGUAUUCAUAUUGAGAUGCGAAAACCCAAUGUCACACUUCUAAAAAUUCCUCUAAAAUUUAAACGACAUAUUAGUGCAGCUUCUGAAUGGGUGACAUUGGACUCAUUCGAAGUGUUACCAAGAAGAGCAGCAGAUCCCUCCGAGUUAGAACUUUUAUUUAACAAUUAUUUUGUGGAUGGAUCUGUUUCAGAUAUUCAAGUUACCAUAGACCCAAACACUGCACCAGUAUCCAUUGCGGAUGCCACUGGAGCAGCAGCUGUUACGGAUGUAAAUGUCUUACUGACAUAUAAUUAUUAUCAAGCCACAUUUUACGAUGUAGACAGCAAUCCAACAUACCAAUUUACUGUGAGCGACGGUAUAUUAACUAAUUUUUUAUUAACACAAUACGCAACCUUGUUCUCGUGUGGUUUGAAGAGACGUAGAAAUAUGUAUCAAUACUAUGCACCAACUGUGUACCAUUUUAUUGGAUAUUCUUCUCAUCAUAGAAUGUUAUCUUUCGAUAUAACAAACAAAUGGUAUGAUCUUGGAGCUGCAAUUAAUACCACUUCCCAAAUGUUUUCACAAAGCACAGUUAUAGUUUCAGACUUUGUCAAUACCAAUACCAAAACUCAAGACGGAAUCAAAGUAACCUUAAUGGAGAGUGCUGCCACAGAUUAUGACGCCUCUUUUUACUCGCAAAAUUAUUUGGUGUCCAUUCCUCAUCAUAAAGAAGCACUAGCAACCUCUCCGUUAGAGUUCACAAUUUUGGAUUCAACUGAUAUGGAGGCUGGAAUUCUCAUAACGCAAGAAGAUUUUCAAAUGAAAUAUCAAAUGGACCCAACUGCUUUUUGUAACCAAGAUUUCAAUACGGAUAUUGGAUAUCAAUUGAAAUAUUUCUUUGAAUCCUAUGACCACACAAUUACCAAAUUGCCAGAAUACAGCCCAAGACUCAAUUUUUCAACCAAUAGCGUUUCGCUAGGAACUGAUCACAAUUCUCUAGAAAUGUCAUACUCCAAUUUAGGUUAUUUCCAAGAUUUUGCUAUUGAGAUAGACAUGACAAAGAUCCAAUUCAUGGAACCAAGAAUAACAAGCACUGAUGUUUCAUUUAGUGUUAUUCCUGACACUACUCCAUUCUUUGAAACAAAUGCUACCAUCGCCAUCAAUAUCACCAACAGUGGGGAUGUCGAAGGAACAUUUGUCUUUGAUUUAACAUGUAUGGAUCCAAUUUCCAUUGUGGAUGCUCAAGGAGGUCACCGAGUUCUCACCAUUUCUGAAAAAGCCACAUCUUCCGUAUUAAUACCUGUCACUAGUGCCAUUAUUAAUUCCCUGCAGUACGUUCCUUGCUCAGUUAGCAUUCAAAUUAACAGAGAAGAAUUAUGGAGCUACUCGGACAAAUCCGUUACCGUGCAACAAAAUAUUACCAUAGAUCAUGGAUAUUUUAUUCCUCGAUGUCAAGCACGAUACUAUGAACCUUUUGUCUUUGUGGAGAAUGUGGAAUUAGUCAAACCAGAUUUCACACGAAAUUCCUCUCUCUUCUUCACCAAUAUCGUUAGAGUGCAGUUAAAGAGUAAUGGAUCGGAUCCUAUUUCAGCAAACGUCAAAGCAGCGUUGGCCUCUCUCGCUGACAAUCCAUUCCAAACCUAUGAUCAGUAUUGGGUGAACCUUUCUCCAACACAUAACCAUGCAUUUCUCAAUUUCACCAUUCAUAGCGACGCUGCCACUCAGAUUUUAACAGAAAGAUUGAAUAAGAAAAUGUACACGUUUGUUUUGAAUAUUUCUCUAUUGGACGAUUACGUUUGCUGGUCACAAGUAGGAAAAGGAGGCUUAUUCAAUUUUUUAUUUCACGUCGAGUAUGACUGUCCUUCUGGAUACACAGACACGUUGUGUGACAUGCCCAUUUGUUUCAAUCACAAUGCAUCUGACAAUGAGACAUGCAGUUCACAUGGACGCUGUGUGUUGCCUGAUACAUGUAUUUGCGACGAAAAUUAUAUUUCCGAAAAUUGUUCCAUUCCAGUGUGCUUUUUAAUUGCAGCAAAUCACUCCAAUUCGUGUCACGGUCAAGGAAUUUGUCAAAGCGCCAACAAUUGUUCAUGCUUUGAUGGAUUUACAGGAAAUGAAUGUGAAAUUCCCAAAUGUUUUGGAAUACCUGCUGGUACACCUCUUGUCUGUUCUGGACAUGGUACUUGCCUCCACAAAGAUAAUUGUUCAUGUGAUAGCGGCUAUGUUUCAGAAAAUUGUUCACUCCCCGUUUGUUUUGGUCAUAAUUCCUCAUCGCCUCAAGCUUGUAGCUCUCACGGUGUGUGCCAAUCUCCCAAUAAUUGUUCGUGCGAUGAGAAUUAUGUUUCCUCGAAUUGUUCCAUUCCAGUAUGUUAUGGAAUUAGAGCUGAUAAUUUUACGCAUGUGUGCUCGGCAAGAGGUGAAUGUCUUGAUGCCAAUAAUUGUCAAUGUAGAGAGGGCUAUUUAGGAAAAAACUGCAGUCUUUCUCUAUGUUUUAACGUUCCUUCCAAUGACAGCUCUGUUUGUAGUUCACACGGAGUUUGUCAAGACUACAAUCUCUGUCAAUGCUUUGAGGGUUAUGUUUCUGAAAAUUGUUCAGAACCUGUCUGUUUUGGAGUUAAUGCAACAUCACCCUUAGUGUGCACUUAUCAUGGAAAUUGUGUUUCUCCCAAUGUUUGUGAAUGUCAUGAGAAUUACAUUUCGGAAAAUUGUUCCAUUCCUGUUUGUUUUGGAGUGGCUGGUAAUGAGAGUCACACUUGCUCGAGACAUGGUGAGUGUAUGAGUGCCAAUAAUUGUUCGUGUGAUGAAGGUUAUACAGGUGAAAAUUGUGAAAUUCCAAUUUGUUUUGGAGUACUAUCCAACGACUCAUUAAGGGUGUGCUCUUAUCAUGGUGAAUGUGUGGCAUUUAACAAUUGUAGUUGUCAUGCAGGUUAUAUUUCACAUGAUUGCUCCGAACCUGUGUGCUUUGGACAUAAUGCAACAUCUCCAUUGGUUUGUUCCACUCAUGGUGAAUGUAUUGCACCAAAUAAUUGUUCAUGCUUCGAUGGUUAUGUUUCUGAAAAUUGUUCCAUUCCCUUAUGUUUUAACAUUCGAGCUGAUAAUUAUUCAAAUGUUUGUUCUGGUCAUGGACUCUGUCAAGAUUUUAACAAGUGUCACUGCGACAUUGGAUAUGUUUCACAAAAUUGUUCAGAACCUGUUUGCUUUGGUGUCAAUGCCACAUCAACACUUGUCUGCUCCUCCCAUGGACAAUGCAUAUCCCCAAAUAGUUGUGAAUGUCAUGAGAAUUACAUUUCUGAAAAUUGCUCCAUUCCUGUUUGUUUUGGAGUUGCUGGCAAUGAGAGCCAUACUUGCUCAGCACAUGGUCAGUGCAUGAGCCCCAACAAUUGUUCAUGUGAUGAGGGAUAUACUGGAGAUAAUUGCGAAAUUGCCAUUUGUUAUGGAUUCUUAUCCAAUGAUUCAUUAAGGGUGUGUUCUAAUCAUGGUGAAUGUGUUGCAUUUAACAAUUGCAGCUGCCGUCCAGGAUACAUUUCACAUGACUGUUCUGAACCUGUGUGCUUUGGACACAAUGCAACAUCUCCAUUGGUUUGUUCCACACAUGGUGAAUGCAUUUCUCCGAAUAAUUGUUCAUGUUUCGAGGGUUAUGUUUCUGAAAAUUGUUCCAUUCCCUUAUGUUUUAACAUUCGAGCUGAUAAUUUCUCACAUGUUUGCUCUGGUCAUGGACUCUGUCAAGAUUAUAAUGACUGUCUCUGUGCUGACGGGUAUGUGUCACGCAAUUGUUCAGAACCUGUAUGUUUUGGAUGGAAUGCAACUUCAACACUUGUGUGCUCCAAUCACGGUACGUGUGUGUCCCCAAUUCAUGUGAGUGUGACGAGAAUUACAUUUCUGAAAAUUGUUCCAUUCCUGUUUGUUUUGGAGUGGCUGGCAAUGAAAGUGAAACCUGCUCAGGACAUGGUGAGUGUACGAAUGCCAAUAAUUGUUCAUGUGAUGAAGGUUACACAGGUGAAAAUUGUCAAAUUCCAAUUUGCUAUGGCAUACUAUCCAAUGACACUUUGCGUCUGCAGUCCAGGAUAUAUUUCACAUGAUUGUUCUGAACCAGUAUGUUUUGGACAUAAUGCAACAUCUCCCUUGACUUGCUCGUCACAUGGUGAAUGUAUAGCACCAAAUAAUUGUUCAUGCUUCGAUGGUUAUGUUUCUGAAAAUUGUUCUAUACCUUUGUGCUUUGACAUUCGAGCUGAUAAUUAUUCAAUUGUUUGUUCUGGUCAUGGAAUUUGCCAAGAUUUUAACAAGUGUCACUGCGACAUUGGAUAUGUUUCACAAAAUUGUUCAGAACCUGUUUGCUUUGGUAUUAAUGCCACAUCCCCUCAUGUGUGUAGCUCUCAUGGUCGGUGUGUUGCUCCAGAUGAAUGUCUUUGUGCUUCGAAUUAUACUUCUCCAAAUUGUUCCAUUCCCUUAUGUUUUGGAAAAAGAGCAGAUGAUCCCUCUGUCUGUUCGUCUCAUGGACAAUGUUUGGAACCAAACAGCUGCUCAUGCAAAAUGGGAACAUAUGGAUCUACAUGUGAAAUUUCAGAUUGUUUCGGAAUUUUAAGUAAUCAAUCCAAUGUUUGCAAUGGAAAUGGAAUUUGCACCGAUUACAAUUUUUGUGAAUGUUUUUCAAAUUUCACAGGACAGACUUGCACCAUCUCUGCAUGUUAUGGUUUUGCUUCCAAUGAUUCUCGUGUGUGCAGUGGAGGCCGAGGAGAUUGCCUUGGACCCAAUCAAUGCCAAUGUCAUCCAAAGUAUCAUGGCAAUAAUUGUGAAAUUUCAACAUGUUUUGGAAUGUUGUCCAAUCAAACUCAAUUGGUUUGUUCUGGAAAUGGACAAUGUGUGGAUACCGAUAUAUGCAAUUGUACUGCAAAUUAUGUGGAUGCGACGUGUUCAACCCCUGUCUGUUUUGGCCUGAAUGCAUCUCAUCCAAAUGUUUGCUCUUCACAUGGAGAAUGUGUAGCACCGAAUCGCUGCUCUUGUUCAUCAGAUUAUUCUUCUGAAAAUUGUUCCAUUCCAACAUGUUUUGGCAUUCGAGCAGAUAAUUUUUCACACGUGUGCUCUGGUCAUGGAAUUUGUGUGGACGUGAACACUUGUCAAUGUACUGAAGGAUAUACUUCUCAAAAUUGCUCAGAACCUGUAUGCUUUGGAUACAAUGCCACUCAUGCUCAAGUUUGCAACUCACAUGGUCGCUGUCUUUCUCCAGAUGUAUGUGAAUGUGAUGACAAUUACAUUUCAGAAAAUUGUUCCAUUCCAGUGUGUUUUGGAAUUGCCGCAAAUCAUUCCAACUCGUGUCAUGGUCAAGGAAUUUGUCAAAGUGCCAACCAUUGUUCAUGCUUUGAUGGAUUUACCGGUAUUAAUUGUUCCAUUCCUAUUUGUUUUGGAAUUCAGGCAGAUCACCAUUCAGAAGUGUGUUCUUCACAUGGUGAAUGUAUAGCUCCAAAUAAUUGCUCAUGCAUGACUGGAUACACUUCCAACAAUUGUUCAGUUCCCAUUUGUUUUGGGAUUAUGCGCGUGAACACAUGCUCAAGUCAUGGACAUUGUGUAGCACCAAACCAAUGCGAAUGCCAACAGGGAUAUAUUGGAUUGGAAUGUGAAAUUGCUCUCUGUUAUGGAAUUCCAUCCAAUGAUACAGCUCGUACUUGUUCAGGUCAUGGCUUGUGCACAUCGUUCAAUCAUUGCACAUGUGAUGCAUUCUUUGAAGGAGCAAAUUGUGAACAGUAUAAUGAAACUACAAACACAAUACCAUGUCCUCAAAAUAAUGGACUAGUUUGUUCUGGUAAUGGUCAAUGUCGAUCAAAUGGUACUUGCCAAUGCCAUGAAGGAUAUACGUCUCAAAAUUGCUCAGAACCUGUAUGCUUUGGAUACAAUGCUACUCAUGCUCAAGUUUGCAACUCACAUGGUCGCUGUCUUUCUCCAGAUGUGUGCAAGUGUGAUGACAAUUACAUUUCAGAAAAUUGUUCCAUUCCAGUAUGUUUUGGAAUUUCAGCAAAUCAUUCCAACUCGUGUCACGGUCAAGGAAUUUGUGAAAGUGCCAAUCAUUGUCAUUGUCAUGAUGGUUUUUAUGGGCCUCAAUGUGACUUGGUGACAUGUUUUGGCAUUCGUUCUGAUCACGAAUCUGAAGUGUGCAGUGGAAGAGGAAAUUGUUCUCAAACCAAUACAUGUCAGUGUGAAAAUAAUUAUUUCGGAGCCAACUGUAACAUCACGACAUGUAACGACAUUUCUAGUAACAGUUCAGAAAUGGUGUGCAACGGACGAGGAAUUUGUUCCAGCUACGAUACAUGUACCUGCAAAGGUGGAUACUAUGGAAAGUGGUGUGAAAUGGCCUUGUGCAAUGCGUCCUCAUGCAUUCAUGGACAUUGUGAAGGGUCAUCAUUUUGUCAAUGUGAUUCUCAUUGGAUUGGUGACUCGUGUACGAUACCUACUUGUUUUGGAAAAUCUGCAAGCGAUAGUUCCACAUGCAGUGGAAAUGGAAAUUGUACUGAUGUUGACACUUGCAAUUGUACAUUUAAUUACAAAGGAAUGCAGUGUGAAAUUUUACAAAUUGGAGCAGAUGAAUGCAAUAUAUAUCCUUUCAUGACACUGAAAGAAUCGGAGUGGUUCCCCAAGUCAUUGAAUUUUGAUUUCACAACCUCACAGCCCAAUAUGACAAGUCAUGUCAUCCGAGAUACCAUACCAUAUAGUAGUCUUCUUCAUUUGAAUAACAAGUUUAAUUAUCAACUUUCUGUUGAAAAUAAGGGAAAACGUCCUUUACAAUUUAGAAUUCAGUCAUAUUGUAAAGAAAGUGGAUCAUUUAAACAAUUGGGAGUUCCGUCCAUACACGAACAGAAAGAAUUAUCACAAUACUCAACUCUUACUCUUGAAGAUACAGAUUCCUUUGGAUUUGGAUUUUAUUUCACACGUUCGCAAUUUAACAAAUUGGAAAAUAUCACUUGUUACAUUCAUGCUGAGUUUAUUCCGUCUGGAAUGUUUGAAUCGUGUCAGAAUGCGGAUCAAUCUCAUCAAUCUUUCAAACAAAUUCACAAUAUCUCUAUAAUAUUUGAAAAUGUGAAUUCCUGUCAAUUUAUUGAUGAAGAAGAUGUGAGUUCACACUAUAUAGAUUCAACGACUUUGGCAAAAACCUUUGAACAGUAUGAACCUAUUUUCAAGGAGCUUUUAUUACAAUCGUCCACUAACGAAAAUUCCACAGCCAAUAAUUAUCUCCAAAGUAAUAGCUCAUCUUCAAGUAUUAUUGAAAUUAUGAAUAUAUUUACUCAAAAGAGAAACAAUUGGGUCAUUUCAUCCUCCAAUGAAAACAACAACUCAUCCAUGUUAGCAGCCAAUUUACUAUUAACAGUACAAGUUUCGAAUAUGGAAAAUCAAUUUGGAACGUUUCUUCCAACAUUAUACUGUAAAGAUGAACGAAUAAUGUGUGGACUCGAAUUUACAGAACAAUAUAGAAAAACUCAACCACCCAUUGUGCUAUACAAUGAUGUGAAACGAACAUUUUUCCAAUUCAAUGUUACCAUUCUCAAUUUUACCGCAAGUAUUGACUUUGGAAGAGUGAAAGGAGGAAAGGAAGGUAUUGCUACUGUCUCUAUUGAUGACAUGGAUUUAAAUUGUACACUAUUUCUUAUACCCAAUCCGGAAGCGUGUUGGUUAUCUCAAACUACAAGCCAACAAGAAAUCACAAAGCGACACACUCUUUUCGAACACGACUUCAAAAAACAUCUUUUUGAGAGACUCAUUUCAAAGUUCAAGUUACCUAUCGUUUCUGGAGAGUUUACCUUUCUUCAAGAAGUUAGACCUUUCGAAAUUGGUGUGGUUGCUCUCACGUAUACAUGCAUGAGUUUAGGAUUUGCCUCCAUAUUGUGCGGCACGAAAAUUCCAAGAGAUCGAAAACAUUCACUUCUCCAGUUGGUGGAUUUUGUCAAUGAAAAAACGAGAAAGAAAUUGUUGGCCAAGUUCAACAAGGACGCACAACGUCAGAGCGAAAAUGAACCCAUUGUGACUGAGUUUUUGUGUGAAAAUUGUGGUCAUCGUACGUUGAAAAAAGCCAAAUAUACCAUUCAAGUAGAGAGCUAUCAAAAAGAAGUCUCAUUUAACGUAUGCGAGAAUCAAAUUUGCUUUGAUGCACUCUCUUCCAUUCACAAUGUGAAUUAUUCGAAUUGUUACAAGUGCUUUGAUUGUGAGACGGGAUUGGAAUUGAAUGAGGCACCUUUUUAUGGAAUUAAUCUGGAUCACAACAAUAGUUCUGAUAUGAUUCCUCCAAUGAUGUCUCAGUCUAUUUUAUUUUCUUCCAACAAUGUUGGAGUCAUACAUGAAGGUGAUGAUCACACCAUGAUGCAGCAAUGGAAUCAUGAUGAAAAUCAGCAAGUCAUUGGCCUACUCUAUGGAGGAGAGGCAGGAGAAGAGGAUGACGACCAUCCAAUUCUCUACACUGCGUAG